GGUUUCAGGGGAAGCAGUCAGCUCCCUGCAGGCUGCUCCGGACCGCGGCGCCGUGGAGGGAAGCUGAGUCGGUGUCCCAGGGAGCGCUGAUGCUCCAAACUCCAGCCCUGCACUAGGCAUGGACAGGGAAGUGCUUUCAGUGGCACCAGCACCCAGAGGCCCUCGAGGGCACCGUGGAAGCUCGUGGCAGGUGCCACUGGGUCUCUUUGAAUUCUGGACCCAAACAUGGAGCAGCUCUGGCCUAUUUGCUGUUCAAUCCAGUUUCCUCUGGGGGCUCCAGGCCAUGUCCUCAGUCAUCCUCCACGGGGGACCAGCCACAGCUCUCUGAUCCGGGGGCCAGUUCUUCACUUUGGGGCUACUCUAAUAUGUGUACUCAGGAGUCCUCUACUAGCAGGGGUUGCUGGGAUGUGGAGGAGAGGAUAUUCCAGUGGUCAGAGCAGCCCCCAGGAUGCCGGGGACCUAUGCUCGCUGCUUAUAUGGCUUCCGCCUCAGCAUCAGCGGGGGCUGGAGGGGGGCACAGCUCCAGUCUCCCAUGCACCAGUUGAGACUUCAGAGAGGCGGGAAUGCCCCCGAUCCCAUCCAGCUGCUCCUGUGGGCCUUUUCAGCAAUGCUGCACUAUGCCAUGCUGGGCUGUGGGCUCAGGAAACACAGCAACAGUUUCUAGCUCUGCCACUGACUCUCUGUGGUCUUGGUCAAGUCACUUGACUGUGUGUCUCUUGGAUAACACUGACCCUCUUGCAAAGGUGCUUGUGGAUCUGCCGAAGAAUGAUGCUAAGCAUGGCUGUGGUUGUUGCGUGCGCCCUGCUUUUGGAGGCCAAGAUAACAAGCUGCUGGAAAAGUCCAACCUGCUGGUGCAAGCCCAAGCUAUGGAUCUCCGGACGGGACUCAGCCCUUGGUCCGCCUGGGAGCCCCCCAGCCCUGUGCUGGACCCCACGGUAGUGCUACAGACCACCAAGAUCAAGUACCAACGGCAGAUCGCGGAGCUGAAAGACUUAAGCGGUGUCCUGGCGUAUCACAUCAUCGAGCUGAACACGAUCCUCAAGGCCAAGGAGACCGAGCUGGAGGUGCAGAGAACCAGGCUGGCCUCUCUGCAGGGCCAGGUAUCGGAGCUGGAGGGCCAGCAUCAGCAGCUGCGGGGGCAGAUGAAGGGCCUGGGCUGGGGCAACUCGGCCGUGAAGCUGGAGUACGACGCGCUGCGGGACUGCUACCGGUGCCGGGAGUGCGAGCUGCGCAGGGAGGUCGAGAGGAGCCAGGAGCUGACUGAGAGCCUGGUGCGGAAGAAGGCCAAGGCUGCCGAGUACAAGAACUACCAGAACGAGAGGUUUAAACGGGCAAAGCAUGACGAGCUGUCCAGGCAGCUAAAGAAGGUGACAAAUGAGACCAUCAGCAUUGACAUUGGCCCAGAAGAGGUGAAGCCAGCCAAGGGGAAGGGGCCCAGCCAGGAUUUCACCAAGCUGGAAGACUGCGAGAAGCCAGGGAAGAGACCAUUUAGAUCAUCCUCAGCCACCUCCAUGACAAUCGCCCGCUGUGUGGAUGUGUUCAAGGGCUUGUUUGAUUACAGGCUGAAGCGUGGGAACUCGGUCAGCAGCCGCUUGGAGUCAAGCUACGGCUAUGUGCCCGCCUGCCUCGUGGCCUGCUUGCCAUCCUUCAUCAGUGACAUCCAGGAAGCGCACCUCUCGGAGGUCAACGCCGUCAAGUUUUGCCCCAGCUCUACCAUGCUGGCCACGGGGGGCACCGACAAGCUCAUCAAGCUCUGGAACGUGGUGGGAGGGAGGCUGGAAAGCGUGCGGACCCUGGAAGGUGCCAACGGCAGCAUCACCAGCAUCGAGUUCGACCCCAUGGGCUGCCAGAUCCUGGCGGCAUCCUACAACAAGGCAGUGCAGCUGUGGAAGAUCGAGGACUGCAAAUCCAGAGAGACGCUGACGGGCCACACUGACAAGGUGACGGCUGCCAAAUUCCGCUCCACGCGCUACCAGGCGGUGAGGGGCAGCCGAGACCGGACCGUGAAGGAGUGGGACCUGGGCAAAGGGGCCUGCUGCCGCACCAUCGACGUGUGCUCCUACUGCAACGACGUGGUGUGCUGGGAGAACAUCAUCGUCAGCGGGCACCACGACAAGAAGAUCCGCUUCUGGGACAGCAGGGGCCCGCGGUGCACCGAGGUGAUCCCGGUGGAGGGGAAGGUGACCUCCCUGCACAUCAGCCAGGACCAGAUGCACUUGCUGAGCUGCUCCCGUGACAACACGCUCAAAGUCAUCGACCUCAAGAUGAACAACGUCCGGCAGGUCUUCAGCGCUGACGGCUUCAAGUGUGGAUCCGACUGGACCAAGGCAAUAUUCAGCCCCGAUAAGAGCUACAUCCUGGCGGGCUCCUCGGACGGGACCCUCUACGUGUGGAGCAUGGAGAACGGGAAGUUGGUGACAAGCCUGCCGGGGUUGCACGGAGCCUCCGUGAAUGCCGUGGCCUGGUCCCCCUCAGGCCAGCACGUCGUGAGCGUGGACCAGGGGAAGAAGGUGGUGCUCUGGAAAUAGCUCCUGGCCAGCUCCUAGCCCACCCUCCGCCGCCUGCCGCACCCAGCUGACGGCUCCCUGGCUGCAGCCCAAUCCACGGAUGCAGCAAAGAGACAGAGACUGAAGGGCUGGGGCUAGGGCACCUGCCACCCACAUGCUGCUCAGCCCUGCCAGCUGCCACAAUGCCCAGCGCCCAUGCGGUCUGCCCAAAGCAGGCACCUUUCUCUUAGAGGCAGGUGGGGGCUUGGCAGGAGUGGAGGGGCUGCAGGACGGACCCGGAGCCCAAACCCGCUCUGCCUGCUGUUCCUGGCACGCUGCGGUGGCUGCAGAAGGCACAGCUGGCACUGAGCCCGUAGCAUGGAGGGGACAAGUCGGCUCUGAGGGGAGCACUGGGACUCGAAUCACAAUGUGAAGUCCUCCUGACCUCUGACUUCCACCUCCAGCCGGCUCCGAGAUCCCCAAACCCCAGGCCCAGGUGAGGGCAGGGCAGAGCAGAGCUCCUGUCUGCUCCCCUGGCGCUGGCCUGGGAGCCCCGUGUGCGGACACAGAUGCUUACUAUUCAGACCCUGUGCUGGGGGCACAUGCGUGUGCAGCCUGUGUGCCCCCGCGGGGGACUGUUGUGUUCUCGCACCGACCAAUACAGCUUGGAAAC